AUGUCGAAGCGACUCUCAGAUUCAGAAGCUUUCAGUCCACACCCCAAGAGACAGCUCCUGUCUUCUGAUAACUUUGCUGAUCAUGAGCGGGAAAAAAACUUAUUUACAAUUGCGUAUGACGUAUUCAAUUUAGGGGAGGAAAUUGGCAACGAGAAAGCGGCAAUUAUUAUCUCCUGGAUAAUGGAGAAGAGUGGAGACUUCAGAUGCAAAUUCCAGGGCCUCGGCGAACUUGAGAAAGUCGUCUCUGCACAUCCUGAGCUGAUCAUCUCUUUACGGUCAGCCUGGGAGGCACGCAGGCUCCAACCUCUCCUCGACUCUCCACUGCUGAACUUUGUGGAUAAUGCUGUGGCGCCUGAGGGGCUGAAUGUCGUUCGUCCUCGUGGUAAUAAGGAAGAACAAGAAUGGGCCACACAGAAAUCUUGGGAAUACCGAUACAAGGGCAAUGCUGCAAUUGGUCUUUGGGCCCACAUCAAGGUUAACUACAACAGAAAAAGUGCACCCCAAGUCUACGCCAAUUAUGCCUCCAUAGUCCAGUCCUCUGGUAUGGGGAAGUCGAGGAUGACGGACGAACUGGCGAAGACAUGUUUCGUCAUUACCAUGAACCUUCGUGGGAUGCACACAACUGGUUAUCCACCUGCAGACGGUGCACUCAGAGAUUACUUAACCUCGGUGUCAUCCAAGAACGAAGCCUUUGAUCGCGCUGACAAGUUCUUCGAAGCACUUUUUACUCACACCCUGGAAACCCUUAAGCAGGAGGAGUAUGAGGGGUGUGAUUACAGUAAUGUUGCAAGUAAAUUCAGAAAGCGCAUGACGGAGGGACAAACAAUGCAGUCCCACAAUCAAUAUCACAAACAAUUCUACCAGGAAGUUAUUUACAAGGCAUCUCAACUAAAAAGAGAUCCCCCACAAGAUGAAAUACCACCCCAACAUUUGGAUACGCAUGAAGAUACCUAUGUCGCAGUUUGUAUAGCGACAGAUAUCUCUUCCCAGAGCGCAUCUGCAGAGCCUGCUGAGAUGGCUCGUACCCACUCCCAACCUACCCCUGCCAAGUUGGCACUCACUGCAGAGCCUGCUGAGAUGGCUCGUACCAACUCCCAACCUACCCCUGCCAAGUUGGCACUCACGCUGCUCUGCGAUUUCUUAAAGAAGCUGUACAUCAGACCUGAUGGAGAGAACGCAGACGAAGUACCUUUAAUCAUACUGGCGUUCGAUGAAGCGCAUACCAUUGCAGAGCGGAAGGGUUCUGAGAAUGAAGAACAGUGGUCUGUCAUUUAUCAAGUGCGGCAACUCCUCCGAUCAUUUCGCACCCUUUCUGUAUUCUCGCUUUUCCUUUCAACAACUGGGAAGAUCUCCGAAUUCACACCAGCGGCGGAGUAUGAUCUUUCAAAACGCAUAAUCAAGGGCGACUUGAUUCCGGGUCAGCCACUCACAGAUCUGGGAUUUGAUCCUUUCGCUCACAAAAUCAGCCUUAAUGGGGAUUGGAACCUUGAGUGUUUGACGUCUCCUGGGCAUAUCUGCUCCAUGGGUCGGCCCCUAUUUGCAACCCGAUGGCAAGCGGGUUCAGAUGAUGUCAAGCGUGACAUUCUCAUUUUUGCUGCUGCAAAACUCAUGGCAGAAGAAUUUGUAAAAAAGUUUUCAGAUGAUCAAAAACUAGCAUGCCUGGCUCAGCGAAUUCCACUCGAAUUCCAGUCUACCAACUACAUUGAGCAGUCGAACGAGAGAAAACAAGUCGAAGGGCACAUGCGCGUGUGCCUCAAAAUCGAUGGAGCCUGUCAGACAAUGACGACAGCAUCUUCCUCUGAACCGAUAUUGUCAGAGGCUGCUUACUUUCUCAUGACGCGGGAUCAUUCAUUCAAUGCAGCAGAUGCACUGAAGUCGGUGAUGGAGGGCUUUGCGAUCUCGAAAGGAGAUCGCGGGGAGUUUUUAGUUCUAUUACUUCUAACUCUUGCGCGAGAUGCAACAGUCGGCCCUCCCAGCAUUUACGGCAACCCAGAGAAAGGAAACCGCUUCUUCAGCCUGGCUGAUUUCUUUUUGGGGGGGCUUUUCAAUUGCUCUGAAAAAUCUGCUCAAGAACUACACAAGCUUGCAAGCGAUUUUCCCCAAGCAAAAAUGCAUUUUUCACAUUUCGUCAAGGUGCACGAAUUCAAGGCUAUUGACCUCACCUCCCUCUUGUUAUUGAUAGGUCGAGGAGCAGGAGUCUUAUGCGCGAACAACCAAAAUGGUGUUGACAUUAUCAAUGCCUUCCUAAAGAACGGUACAAAAUUGGAGAUUGGGAAUGCAGGACUAGUUCUCAUUCAAGUCAAAAAUGAUUCAGCGUACGGUACCCAACCUCAACAGGAAUUGUUCGAUGCCAUGAAUCCUCACGACCUCAAUAUUCUGGAGGACAAAGGGUGCGCUGUACCCAUAAUAAAGAUUGUCUUUGCUUUGGCAGCAAAGAAGCCUUUGCUCAAAGUUGUCCGCAAGAAUGCAUCUGCAAGUUACCGGGCUGUCAUCUAUGAGAUCUGGUGUGCUGGUCUCUCCCCGGACGUUUUAUUACCUAUCAAAGAAAAGGGUGUUUGGGAAGCGCUCUUGCAGGCAUCUUAUGGUUGGAAGUCGUUAUAUGAAACUCCUUUAGAUAUAGCCAAGAAACUUCGACAAUCUGCCACUCCUGGUGCUGCACGAGAGAAUGGACAUUAUUCUUGUUGGGCGACAAGGGAAUGCUGAAGACCAGUUCAAGUCUUGUUCUUUGUCCAAGCUUAUACAAUGUGACCUCUUGUAGCGUAAAUUAACGGUGUUUACUUG